AUGUAUGGGAUAACUUUGACCAAGUGCAAAAUUUACUUUAAUAACAUUUAUUCGACAGUAUCUCUGGAAGAGAAACUAGGGGGAGGAACAUAUGGAGAUGUUUACAAAGGAAAGGUGAUAAAAUAUAAUAACAAUAAUGACCUUUAUCAAAAUACGAACUAUUUACCAUAUGAUUACUACACAGAUGAGUUUGUUUUCUUCAGGAAAAAUGUAUAUGCGAUUAAAUUUUUUCGUGAUGAUUUGAGAACAAUAAAUGAUGAAGGUAUCAGUUGUACAACAUUACGAGAAUUGAGUUGUUUAAAAAAUAUAGGAAGACAUCCAAAUAUAUUAAGAUUGAUAGAUGUAACUAUUGAUAGACAGAAAUGUAUAAGUGAAUAUAUUAAUAGACAAAUAUUACAACAUUAUACUUCAAAUUUUCACCACUCAACAAAAUUAGAUAUGGCACCAUUAUCAGCAGAUCAAAAAUUUAUAUUUGCAGCAUAUGAAUAUUGUGAUGGUGGAGACUUGAAGCGAUUAAUCCAGAAGACAAAAAUUAGUGAUGAACAAGCAGGGUUAAGUUUGAAGGAGGCUAAAUGGUUAUCAUUCCAAUUAUUAAAUGGAUUAGCUUAUUUACAUAAUAAUAAAAUGUGUCAUAGAGAUUUGAAACCUGAAAAUGUUAUGUUGCAACAAACACAAAAUCAUAAAUAUUUAUUAAAAAUUGGUGACUUAGGAUUAUGUCGCGAAUUAAAAAAUGAUGGAGACAUGACUCCUACUGUUUGUACUAUUUACUAUCGUCCUUUAGAGGUUCUACUGUCCAAAUUUGAAAUUGCAAAAGGAAAGAAGGGAAGAGCUAAAGCGAAAGCGAAAUCCAAACCAUGCACUGCUGCUCACAGGAAUUCUACAACAUGUGAUAAGUAUCAUCAUGGUGGGAAUGUCAGAAAUGGUAAUAAUAGCAAGAGCAACAAUAUUGCUGACUCUGCGUGUAGAAGUAGCAAUUGUAAUAAUAACAAUAAUAAUGGUAAUACCAAUAGUGGUAGUAAUGGUGGGGGAAAACAUAAAGACAAGGAGAAGAUGAGAGAACGAGAACGAGGGCGAGAAAAAGAAGCAGAAAAGGCACAAAGAAAAGGAGAAAUAGAAGCAGAAAAGACACAGAGAAAAGGAGGAAUCGAAGCAGAAAGAGCACAAAGAAAAGGAGGAAUCGAAGGAGAAGAAGAUUACUACAAUAGUAAAGAUUUUCAGUAUGGACUUAAUGUGGAUAUAUGGUCAGCUGCAUGCAUUAUCUGUGAACUAAUCAUAGGUAAACCACUCUUCAGAGGAGUAACUGAAUUUGAUUUAAUAAUAAGAAUAGUUAACUCUUUAGGAAAACCAAAUAAUGAUGAACUUGAGUUCUUUAGUGAUUCUCGUUUUUACCCACUAAAGGAAGAUUUCUUUAAUGUUAAUAUAAAAAAUAAAAAGGAUGCAUUGAAUGUAAUAACAAAUGGAAGAAUAGAUGAGUUAGGUAUCGAUUUAUUGGUUAAAAUGUUGAAGUACAAUCCAAAUGACAGAAUAACAGCAGCGGAUGCUUUAUCACACCCAUGGUUUUCAGACAUUCGAUUUGAUAAUUUAGAUGGAAUUGGAGUAUACAAUUGGUAUGUUCAUUGUUUGAAAUAUUAUAUUGGCAUAAAAACAUUCAGAGAAAUCGAACAGAAAAAAAAAAACUUACUAACAACUACUAUGAUUUCUCAUUUUCUGUGCAAAUCUGAUGAUAAAUAUGCAAAAAUAAUUUUCAAAUUAAUAAAUGAUACUUUUAAAAAUUUGGGUGGAUAUAAAAAAAGUGGAAGAAGAUCCUUUGCAAUAUUUUCAGACAAAUAUGCAAAUGAUGAAAAAAAUUCAAAUGGAUUUAUCAAGCGUGCUAGUAUAAAAGUACUAAAUGAUAUGAAAGAAAAAAAUGUAAUCGAGACUAAGGAAGAAUUUUCCUUUUACGACGAUAGUAACAAUUGCUCUACCCCUCUUUCCUCUUCUUCAUCAAAAAGACGAAAAUUUAAUCGAUCCAGUUAUCAUGCAAUGAACCCAGAAAAUUCUUAUGAAUUCACCAAAUCUAUGAGAGUCAAAAGGAAUCUUUCCAUUCCUGAUUUUUCUUCUCCCAGUAGGAAGAAGCAAAGACACAAGGCUCAGGCCAAGUCUGCCACCACUACCAACCGCUCCGCCGCAGGUCAACUCUCCGCCUUCCGCGGAUUCACCUAA